AUGCCGGAACUUCCAGAAGUCGAACGAGCUGCCGCUCUGGUUCGCACUCUCGCUCUAAACAAGAAGAUAGAAAAGGUCCUCACGAGUGAAGAUGCUUUAAUUUUCUCUGGAAUUUCCCACCAGGAAUUUGCCAAGGAACUAGUCGGAAGAACGAUUGCUAAUGUCGGGCGAUAUGGCAAAGUGUUCUACUUCGAACUCGAUGGAAAAGGGAGAAUGCCUGUCUUCCAUUUUGGAAUGACCGGGACGCUCCAGGUGAAAGGAGAAGCGCCUACGUACUAUAAAGGGGGUCUGCGCAAAGUGUCGACAGAGUGGCCACCGCGUUUCAUGAAGUUCAUCCUUCAUAUUUCGUCACCCUCGUCAGAAGUUGUCACUGAGAUUGCCUAUUCAGACGCCCGCCGCCUUGGCCGUAUUCGCCUUGUCACAUCACCCUUCAAUGAACCGCCAAUCUCAACCAUGGGCUUCGACCCCAUCCUCUCUAUGCCUGGAAUAGAUGGAUUCAAGAAGGUCGUCAUUAAGAGGUCGUGUCCUAUCAAAUCUUUGCUUUUAAAUCAGUCCUUCAGCGCUGGGAUUGGUAACUGGGUCGCUGAUGAAGUUCUAUACCACUCCCGUGUACAUCCAGAACAGCGCUGUAAUACCCUAUCAGAAGACCAGUUAAUCGCUUUACAUCACCAAAUUAUCGAAGUCUGCCGCAUAGCUGUCGAAGCCAACGCCGACGAUGCCAAAUUUCCUCAAGACUGGUUAUUCAAGCACCGUUGGUCUUCCGGAGAGUUGGCAACGAUCAAGUGGAUCACCGUCGGUGGACGUACUUCGGCCUAUGUAGCAGAGCUACAGCAUCUUCCAAAUGACCUCACGCCAUUGCCUGACUCGGAUGCCGAUGCCGUUGUGCAGACGACACGGCGAAAACGAAAGGAGUCAGCCAGCAAGACUUUGAGAGGUUCAAAAAUACGUGAAUCUAAGCGUGUAAAGACAAGUCGACAAUAAAUUCCCUUCACUUCCACCUCUUCGCAUGUGGAGGGAGCUCGGGUUCAGGUUGUCGAAUACAUAUG